AUGGCCUUUGCGCGUCGGCUCGCCAUCCUCCCCGGUGGCCUAGGCGGCUUGGGCUCGAGUAUCGGCAAGAAGCUCCGCCAACAAGGUGCUCGGCUAGCAAUUCUGUAUGCCCCCUUCGAGGCUGCCCGACGCGAUGAGCUGCUAGAGGCUGGCUACGGCGAGCUGCCCGCGGGCGAGGAAAUCCGAACGUAUGAAUGCGACAUCACAAACCCCGAGGCUGUCCAGUCCGUCUUCACCACCCUGAAGGAGGACGUUCUCAACCCAUCAUCGACGACGCAGUCUGCCCGUGCCUUUCCCAGUAUCCUAGUCAAUACGGCGGGCUAUGUAUCGCUCAGUGAUCUAGAGCUCACCCCGCCGGAAGAAACGCUGAAGCAUCUGCAUACCAAUGUCCUGGGCCCCAUGCUGUGCUCGCAGGCAUUCGCGCGAUUGUACUUGGCCGCCGCUGAGGUGGCUCAUUCGUCACCCAACCCGCCGCCUCCGGGUCGCAUCGUCAACCUGGCCUCGCAAGCCGCACAUGUGGCCCUCCAUCGCCACGGGGCCUAUUGUGCCUCCAAGGCAGCCCUGUUGGGGCUAACGCGCAGUAUGGCUUCUGAAUGGGGAGGCCGCGGUAUCACAGCGAACAGCGUGUCGCCAACGGUGGCCUGGACCGCUCUGGGACAGAAGGCCUGGGGGCAGGAUGAUGUGCGGGAGGCUUUCUUGAAGACGAUCCCGACAGGCAAAUUUGCGCAGCCAGAUGAGGUUGCGGAUGCGGUUCUAUUUCUUUGUCAGGACUCAAGUGGGAUGAUCAAUGGAGCGGACAUUCGCGUAGACGGUGGCUCUACUAUCAGGUAA